AUUGUAAAAUACCUAGGAUACUAUAGAGCGCAUUUUACAGUACAUUCAUGCCUAAAUAUAACAUAUUUGAGUUUCAAAAAUAGCAUAGGAUUUAGUAAUAGAGCAUUAGAACUAAUAGCAAGUUCAUAUCUAAAUCUGAAGUAUCUUAAUCUGUGUGGUAAUCAGUCAGCUAGCUUUAGGAGUUUACGUGCUCGAAAAGUGGAUGAUAGAAAUCUAUGGAGAAUUGUACAGUCAUGUCAUAAAUUAGAAUAUUUAAAUAUUGCCUUUCGCAUAGAAAUUAAUGAACAUUCAAUUUGCGAUAUAACAAUCAAAGAAAUUGCUAGUUUGUGUUUUAAUUUAAAAUAUCUUGAUCUGAAAGGAUGUGAAAAUAUUAGCAAAGAGGCU